AUGGAUAAGACGUCCCACUGCCCCUACUCUACGUCGAGACACUCUUCGGCCCCGGUUUCAAAGCAAAAGCACGACAAAGAUGCAAAGAGCCCGUCAAGGAGCAAGGCCUCUGUUGGCCUAGUCGGUGCUCGAGGCCACAUUGGUCGGGCACUGUGCACCCUCCUCGACUCCCAUCCCAAUAUCGAACUCACACACAUUUCGUCGCGCGAGCUUGCCGGGUCGACAGUGGCUGAUUAUACCAAGUCUACCAUUAUGUACGAAAACCUAUCGCCUGAAGAUGUACGGAACCUGGAAGCUAGCGGUGCUGUAGAUUGCUGGGUGCUGGCACUACCGAACGGCCUGAGCGAUCCUUACGUAGCUGCUACCGACGCGGCCUCGUCUGGAACCAAUGCGAAAACGGUCAUCGUGGACCUGUCAGCAGACCACCGGUUCGACAACUCCUGGACAUACGGGCUCCCCGAGUUGACCAGACGCACCGAUAUCGCGCGCGCUACACGAAUAUCCAACCCUGGGUGCUUCGCGACAGCUGCCCAACUUGCUCUGGCCCCCAUUCUCAAGUUUUCAAGCGAUAGUCCCACCGUUUUUGGCGUGUCGGGUUACUCGGGCGCCGGCACCAAACCUUCGCCAAAGAACGAUCUCGAUCUGCUCAGGGAUAAUAUCUUACCAUACGGCGUCGUGGAUCACGUCCACGAGCAGGAGAUCAGCACGAAACUUGGCCGGCACGUAAGCCUCAUUCCACACGUCGGUCAGGUCUAUCGGGAAUAUUACCCUGACGAGAAGCUCAUUUCUAUUAUCGAUGACACGCCCCUGGUCAGACAAAUAUCGGGGACCCAUGGGGUUGAGAUUGGCGGAUUUACUGUCGAUUAUAGCGGCAAGAGGUUGGUUCUUUUUGCUACUAUUGAUAACCUCAACAAAGGAGGUGCCACACAAUGCCUCCAGAAUAUGAAUCUGGCCCUUGGCUUUCCCGAGUUUGAAGGUGUUCCGAUCCCCCCUCCUUCAUGA